AGUUUUGUUAUAAUAUUUUUAAGCUUUCGGUCCAGCUCUCGAGCUCAGAGCAAGCAGUUUUAGGCAAUAUGUUAUGUAACAUGCACGUCGUGCAGCCGCUCAUAGUGAUUAUUUGACAAGGUCACGUGACCACCAUUGUGUCCAAUAGUUAAAAUCCUUCAAAAUAGAUCACGUGGUUCCUGAAUGAGACACAUUUACAACAUUCUGCGUGUCCGAUGCAUUAUUACAGCUCUUGCUCGAACGGCAGUAUACUGUUGUUAUCGUCGGACGUUUAAAAAGGCUUCCAUCUGCACGAGUCAGUACCGCCGGAUAACCGCUCAUAAUGAUUAUUUGUUAAACACCCUGCCGUGCACGAGAUGAGUGCUUGUACCAAUGGGGCAGGAAUAUGCUUGCCUCGAGCCAGCUCAUUCUCUCCCCGGCUCCGUAUUGUUGCUUGGUCUGACACUGCUUCUAUCCGCAAGAAGUUGAUGUAUGGAGGCUCCCAAACAUCGCUAGCAGCUGCACGACCCAGGAGUCCACGAACCACGAAUCAUUCCCACGAGAUAACGUCCUCUAAAUCACUGAGAGUCCGUCCCCAGACCAUCCCAUACCGGCCUAAAUCAGGAGUGUUAUCUGGUAGACCGUGUAGUGCACCCCCACCAGGCAUGUAUAACAUAAGGAAGAAAGAUGGUGUCGUAUCCCCAGCUAAAGGGAUCUCCAUGGCAACUCUUAACUUAGAGCUGCCAGAAACGGCCCCUAAAGCUAAACCCGCGAGUGUGUUCCAGCCCAAGAUUCCACCAAAGAAACAGUGUGCACAGUGGUAUUCUGGUGAAGGUCCUGCCAAGGGCUCUUCAACCAUCUUCCCAGGGGUAGCAAUCCCAUCUCCAUCUCCAACCGGUGGAACCGCGGCUCCUGCUGAAGUAGAACCGGUCGCAAAAUCAUUUACAGAAUCAGACAUCAAGAGAAAGAUCAAGAAGAACAGGCAGAUACAAACUGGACCUAAAAGAGAUCUUCAUUUGUCUCAUAGGAUCGCUCAUUUAACUCAGCAAAUCAAUGACUGCAAGCAGCUUGCCAGGGCCUCCAGUAUCGUUAUCAGAUGAUAAAUGGACGGCAAAUGAAUAAUAUGAAUAAUAUGAUAAUUGAUUAAUCUUUUAACUAAUUGGUUGAUCAGAGAAUUAAUGGUUGUGAUGAAUAAGAGUGAACUGGUGUUAACGAUAACGCUAUAAGUUGAAAUAGACUUGCGUUUAAUGACUUUUCAAGCUUUUCAGGAUCAUACGACUGUUCCAGGAGGAACACUCGAUAAAACAUGAAGUUGAUUAUUCUGGGAUGCACAUUGUACACGUGCGAGCGAUCCACUUGGAAAAUAUUUUAAUCUUUUCAAAGCUACCGUGUUUAGAAUCCAGACCAGUCGUUCUCAAUCAUCCUGGUUGCCUGCGUUAAGAUUUAACAUGCUUGUCAUCAACUGGAGUCAUUUUAUUGUAGUUAUGUUGCAUGUUUUUAUGCUUGCAUUAUUACAAUUUUAUAAAUUAAUCGACGGAAAUUAAAAGUCGGGAUGUUUUACUGUAUAAAAUCAUCAUUCUCUAUUAUAGUGUAAAAACGCAUGAAUAAGUUAA